ACGUUGGCCCUUUAGAAUGAAUCUUGUGCUCAGUCGCUUAGCCAUACUCGUCUCUUAAUCACUCAUUUCGUCUCUUCUGCUGAUGAUCGUAUUAAAUGGUAAAUUUUUUUUUUCUAUUUUCAUUUCUCAGUGUGACAAAAAAAAAGUAAAUCACAACACAACAAAACGUGGUGAUAAAAGUGAAACGGCUUUUUUUAAAUUUGUGAUCUUGUGAAUUUAAUAUAUAUUGUGAAAAAGUGCCUCCAAAAAAAUGGAUAAUAAUUAUUACUAUACCUGAGAAUAAUAAUUGUGAUACAAAAAUUUUUUUUGCGAAAAAUUACUGAACGUGCUAGUUCUUGUGAAAUUAGGCUACACGAUGGUGAUCGUGGUGAUAUUGUUAAUGUUUUGGGCGUCAAUGGUGAGAAUGCACGAACUUCCGGUACAAUAUCCACCAUGCUUUUUUAAUCCAUUGUGCACGUGCUCAAAAGCAAUUCCAGAUUUAGGAAUUGUGUCGUGUUAUAAUGUGCCGAUGCGAAGAAUUCCUCACCCCAUUAAUGCCUCAAAGGUCUUCAUGCUACAGCUGGAGAACAACGGGCUUCGUUCCCUUCAACCGCAAUUCCUUCUCAAUACCGGUCUCUACAAGCUGCAGAUCAAGUAUAAUCCCAUAUCAGAUGUACCGGACGAGGCGUUCCUAGGGCUUGAAAGAUCGUUGUGGGAGCUUGAAUUACCCUACAACCGUCUCGCAAGAGUACCAAGCAAAUCGUUUAGACAUCUACAGAAACUUCGACUGCUUGAUUUGACAGGGAAUCAGAUCUCGCACAUUGCACCUGACAAUUGGCGUGGCCUUGAAAAUUCAUUGCAAACAUUGCGUCUUGGUCGUAAUGCAAUCAACAAAUUGCCAGCCGACGCAUUUGCUGGUCUUGCAUAUUUAGAGGUAUUGGAUAUUAGAGAAAAUAAUUUAAAGGACAUUGAUCCAUCAGUAUUUCGCGAUGGAAUGGCACAUUUAACGCAUUUAUAUUUAAAUGACAAUCAAUUGACAAAUAUUCCAUAUUCACAAAUGUCGUCAUUAAAAAAAAUGAAAGUCCUCGAUUUAAGUUACAAUCGAAUAACAAAAAUGGUUCAACCACAAAUGGAAUUGGAAAUACGUGGUAUACAAUUGUCACUCGAUGUAUUGAGAAUGGAUUACAAUCAAAUGCAACGUCUUGAAAUGGGAUCUUUUCAACAUUUCUUUAAAGUCAAUAAAACAUAUUUAAAUGGAAAUCCAAUUACUGUUGUUGAGGAAGGUACAUUUCGUGAUUCACGAAUUCACGAACUUUACUUCACAGACUGCGAUUUAUUAGAAGUGAAUUCAGAUAUUUUUUCUGGACUCGAAUCAUCAUUAGAACUAUUGGAUUUGUCCGGCAAUAAUAUUACCGAAUUGCCUCCACAUCUCUUUCAAGAAUUUGACUUUCUACGAACGCUCAUCUUUCGAGAGAAUAACAUUGAUUCUUUUGCCCCAGCUACAAAUAAUGUUUCAGAAGUUUUCAAUGGCUUUCAAUAUUCACUUUACAAUUUGGAUUUGAGUGGAAAGAAAAAUUCAAUGGUCGCUUUACAAAAUUUACGACAAAUGAGAAAUUUACGUUUUCUAUCGAUAUCAAUGAUGCCAAUGACAUCAUUGUCGCCAGAUGAUUUCUCUGAAUUUGGAAUGGACGUUAAAGAAUUGCAUAUUAUUCAAAGUAAUAUGAAUACAAUAAAGAGUCAUGCAUUUAUGCAUAUUCGUGGAAUUAAAUAUUUGGAUUUUUCGGAAAAUUCCAUUUCGUCUAUUGAGGAAGAUGCAUUUUCCGAGGUUGGACAUUCGCUGUUGACAUUAAAAGUAGCCCAUGGACUUUCGACAUCAAUGAGUGAAUUGCCAAGUAAACCGUUCAAAUUUUUGACAAAUUUGCAACAUCUCGAUUUUAGUAAUAAUCGAAUUCGAUCGAUGCCCGAUACGUCCUUUCAUUUUUUGAAAAGAAUUAAACGAAUCGAAAUGCAGGACAAUGAGAUUGACAGUAUUCGCAAGGGAACAUUCCAGGGUGACAUUCACUCGAGUUUGGAAGAAGUCUAUUUUGAAUAUAAUCAGAUACAGGCAUUGACAACACACACAUUUGUCGAUUUGAUAAUGCUGACGACUAUCAAUUUACAAGAUAAUAUUAUCGAGAGAAUAGAGCGUCGAGCAUUUAUGAAUAUGAAUCGACUUAAGUACAUUAACUUGAGGGGAAAUAAAAUAAGAAGCAUUGCUGACGAGGCAUUUCAGAAUCUUCCGGAUUUGGAAUUUUUGGAUUUGGCCUACAACGACUUGAAUGAAUUCGAUUUCAAUUAUUUCGAUCAAGUGGGAACGCUUUCGUCAUUUAAAGUGAAUGUCAGUCAUAAUGAAAUUUUCCGUUUGUCAAUGAAUGCCUCGAUGUAUUCGACGACAGUAAACAUGGGCAGUAUAUUAAAUUCAAAUAUCAAAGUUCUAGAUUUGAGUUUCAAUAAUAUAACGGACAUUGUGAAAAUGUACUUUAGGCCCGUGGAAUUUUCACUAACGCACCUCUAUCUAUCGCACAAUGAACUAAAUAAUGUAACGCAAGGAGUUUUUGGAAAUAUGCCACAUCUACAAUGGCUCGACUUGAGUUACAAUGAAUUAAUUGAAAUUGAUUUCGAUUGCUUUAGAAAUACAAAAAAUAUUCAAGUACUAUUAUUAGCAUGGAAUAAUAUAAUGGACAUUCCAGCUGAAACAUUUAGACAAUUGAAAAAAUUAAGAAUUGUCGAUCUCUCUCAUAAUCGAUUGCGUACACUGCCCGAUAAUCUCUUUAAUGAGGCUUACAUCGAGAGUUUGGAUCUCUCGCACAAUCAAUUUAUGAGAUUGCCUAUUAAGGUUAUGUCGAUGACUGCUGCCGCCAGUCUCUCGUCAUUGGAUCUCUCCUGGAAUUUAUUAUCGGGAGUUCACAGUACGGACGCUAUUUUUAGGUUAAGGGGAUUGACUUGGUUGGAUCUUUCUUACAAUCGUCUAGUGAGAUUGGACGACGGAAUAUUUUCAGAUUUGCAUAAUAUGGAUUAUUUAGAUCUAAGUCACAAUAAGCAAUUAAUUUUAGAACAACGUGGAAGAACUUUUCAUGGUUUGGAGGAUUCACUUCUAUUUUUGGGACUCAGCAAUAUUUCGCUACUUAGUGAUUUUUCAAUCUUUGAUCAUUCGGUUCCCGAUCUUCCCUUUCAUCGUCUACAAACACUUCAUUUGGCCUACAAUGAAUUGGCUUCCGUGCCAGCUGAAAUGGCGGCAAAUUUAACGAGUUUAAGAUAUUUAGAUUUAAGUUAUAAUGAUUUAACGGUGGUUCCUCUCAUAACUCAUGCACUUCCGGAAUUAAAGUCAUUUAAUUUAGCCUACAAUCCAAUUACAAUUAUAACUAAUACAAGUUUUCUGGGCGUUGCCGAUAGUCUCGAAGAAUUAGAUAUUCGAGGUUUGACUUUAUCGACUUUUGAGGCAGGAGCUCUUUGUAAGGCAUCGAAACUUCGAAGUCUGCUGCUAACUGCAUACACGGAAAUAAAACAUUUCAAUUUUCCAAAUCUUUUAGAAUACAAUCAUGGACUCAAGAAUUUGUUUAUUCAUGUGCAUAACGAGACAAGUCUCGAGAAAGAGAUGAAGGGAAAGUUUCCAGUGAAACUCUACAAUUUUACCUUCAGUGGUCGAAAUUUCAAACAUUUGCACAACGACAUUUUAAUGGGAAUGAAAAGUCCACAUUUACAUUUUGGUCUUCAUAAUACAAGUAUCAGUACAAUUCAUCGGGAUCUAUUCACAAAUGCAAUAUCCGUGAGAAAUAUAACAAUUGAUCUUUAUAAUAAUGAUGUGAGAACAUUAAUGAAUCCUUCGUCAGCUCAUAAACCAAGUGUCCCAGGAAAAAGAUUUCUAAUGAGACUCAGAAUGGCUGGAAGUCAUUUGAAUUGCGACUGCGAUAUUGGAUGGAUUGAAAUGUGGCAACGUAAGCACAGACAGUAUCAGGAAGAUCGAUGCAAUUCACAUUAUGAAUUAACAAAUUACGAACGUGAGGAGGACAGUGAAUUUAAUUGUUGGGACAAUGGUUGGGACGACGAUUUACGUGAAACAUUUUGCAUGAACAAAAAUAAUAUGACAGUUUCCGAUGCUCUGAAAAAAGAUCUCGAAUGUGGAUGGAGUUCAGCUCCAAUAUUUCAUUUACCAAAUUUCUCACUUCUUUUACUUUCCAUCAUUCCUCUAAUUUUUGCUUACUAAAUUAAAUUCUUUUUUUUUUAAUUUACAGGUUAAUAUUUUUAUAAUCAUUCACUAGAUGUAAUUAUUUCGAAGAGGAGGAAAUUAAUAGUUUAUUUGAAAAAAAUUUUCAAACAACUUUUAAUUUUUGUUCAAUUAUCUAAUUUAAUUUAAAAGUGAUUAAAAAUUUUUUAUUUUAUUUUAAUUUAAUGAAAAGUAAUUAAAAAACUUAGUUAACUUACUUAACUUUCAGUUAAUUUAUAUAUUCACUAUUUAGCAGAAUUAAUAUUUAAAAACUUUAAUUGGAAUUAUAAAAUAAUAUCGAAAGUGAAAAAUUUUUUUCCACUUGUUUUUCUAAUCUAUGUUCGGUCGGUAAUGUAGAUUUGUCUUCUUUAAAUACGCAUCGUGAAAUUUAAAUAAAAAAAAAUAUUAAUUUCACUUUUCCAAAACGAAAUCAUCAAUUUCUUUAUAAAAUGUACUCUAUUUGUUGUUAUUAAUAUAAGAAAAUAUUCUUUUUCUUUGCAAACAAAAGCUUUUUUGUACAAAUUCAAAACAUCAUCUUCAUCAUUUCUUUUUAACAUCGCAAACUAAUUUAAAAAAAAGUGAUUUACAUAAGUUCAGAAAAAAUUUAAUAUUUUAAUUUAUUGUGACUUAUAAAUAAUUUUAAAAGAGAGCAGUAAAUUACAUUUCCCCUUUUUUACGCUAAAUGUAAAAAAAAAUAUUCUAAUACAUAAUGAAAUAAAUUUAAAAGAACUU